AUGUGGACAAUAUUCUGUUUGUGUUUCUAUGUCAGCUAUGUUAUUGGGGCGGAAUUCACAUUACCUGGUGAAUGUCCAAACGUUAAGAUACAGGAGAACCUGGAUUAUACAAAGUUUUCAGGCGUUUGGUACAACGUAGCCAGCUAUGCAAGUGAUGGUAGGAACAUAUACGACUGUGCGUCACUCGACUUCCAGGAGGAUAACCUUGGCUACACUCUAAGAGAGACAUACGUUGAUAUUGAUCAGGGCAACCGUACACAAAAGUCGUAUUUUGCCAGAGUAGACCCAACAUUUGAUGCUGGUACAAAAGCACAAUUCAUUGUCAGUCAUGAAGACGGAGAUAAGGUACUGCAGUUCCCUUUUUUCAUAUUAUCAACGGACUACAGUGGAUAUGCUAUCGCCUAUACUUGUAAAACGUUGAAGAAAAAGCAAAGGACCCAUUACGUAUUCACUUGGGUGCUAUCACGCAAAAAGGAAAAGUUACAAGACGAAACGCUGAAAAAUGUUGAGAACGUUCUGUCUAAAUACAGUGAGUUAGCUGAACAUCGCCAGUCAUUUGUUCUUAAGGACUUCUCAGACAGCUCAUGUGCAUAUUCUAAUAAAUACGAAACUGAUUUCUUUACAAGCAACUUCUGGUAA